CUGAGAGUCUCGGCAUUUGCAGGUUCUUUUUGGAGUUUUUGGCUGUUGUUUUCUUCAGUUUGUGCUCUACAGCGUUUCUCGGAGUAAAGAAGCAGCGGGACUCAGGAUCAUCAUGAUACCAUGGUGGCCAAACUGUUAGGGCUGGCCUUUCUUUAUCUCACAACCGGUCCAUUCACCUUCUCUGCACAUGGCACGUCAGUGUAUCCUGUCCCAACUUCAUCUGUAAAGAUCAAUCCAAACUGGGAGGUGGUCUACCAGGACACUGACGUUUAUGGGGUGGUGGGCAAAGCCGUGAUCCUGGAGUGUGGCACCAGCGUGCCUGACAUCUACAUAUGGAGCUUCACCAAGCCCGGCACUGACGCCAUCAAAGCAGUGGUGUAUAAUCUGGGGAAAGGGCCGAGGAUCCAGCAGUUUGCUGAAACACUUGGACACUUGACCAUCAUCUCAAACAGUGCAGCAGUGAGCAUUGAGAAACUGCCUCUGGCUGCUCAUGGCCUGUUCACCUGCCAGGCCUUCUACAAUAUCGACAAGGAGCCCGUAGUCUACUAUUACUACGUUCACCUCAAUGUCAGAGUCCCCGUCAGUAAGCCGUAUCUGUUGCUAAGCGAUGUGUCUCCGGUGGAAGGCUCCACAAUGUGGAUGCGAUGCAACCUGGAAAACGGGACCGGGCCAAUCCAGUACGUAUGGCAGCACGAAACCCACAGUGGCAACAUCACGGUGGUGGCCCAGGGAAGCAGCAACCUCAUCAACAUAACGGACAUCAACAGAAACCACACUGGCUGGUACCGCUGUGUGGCCACCAAUGCCGUCAACAGUGAGAGCUCUAACCGCUUAUGGCUGGACACCAUCUAUGGUCCUGACAUCCCCCGGAUAGACGUGACUCCGUACAGUAUAACAGAGCGGGGUUACUCAGCGUUGGAGAGAGAGACUGUUUCACUGAUGUGUCAAGCCCCGUCCAAUCCAGCCAGUCAGUAUGUCUGGUUCUACAACAACUCCCAGGUCUACAGUGGGCCGCAGUACACCAUCACCAAGAUCCUUCGCAUGCACACAGGAGACUACGCCUGCUUGGCCCAGAACACAUACCUGAACACCCGCUCCAAAAAAACCAUCAGCCUGACUGUCUACUACCCUCCUGACGGUUCCCCCUCCUGCUCUGUGGAAGCUGCUCUGAAUCACACUGCUCUGAAGCUGCUCUGCGUCUGGGCCGGGGGAUUCCCCUCCCCGUCCUUGGACUGGACCGGAGAUCUGGUGCAGGCAGGAAAAACCCAGGUGGACGCAGAACAACAAACUAAUCUACAAAGUGGCACUGCCAUCAUUCUGCCCUCUGGGAGCGUGACCCCUAACAGCUUGUUCAGAUGUGUGGGCUCCCAUCCUGCUCUGAAACAAACUACAGAGUGCAGCACACGGACAUACAUUCCUCCUGCAGAACCGGUGUGUUUUGCCUACGUCACAAACACUCAGCAAUACCUGAUGCUGUCCUGCUCCUGGGAUGGAGGGGCCCCAAAGGCCCUAGUGUGGUGGGAGGGACCAGGGGGCCAAAGCAAAGGAGGACAAGAAAACUCCAACAUCCUGGUCCUCCGUUAUGGGACGGCCAGAAGUGGGAAACCGUACACCUGCUACGCUAAACACCCACUUAUGGUGGAAGCAAAGAGUUGUAGGCUCACACUGGAGGCCCCGGUGUUGUUGACGCAGCGCAGAGUCAUCUCUGUGUACGAGGGGAGUGACGUUCAGCUCACCUGCAAUCUGAGAGCCAAUUACCUUCCAGCCAAUGACAUCACCUGGUUCAACAACCAGGGCGUGGAUGUCCGAGACACGUCGAAGUACAUGCUGCUGCAAACGUCUGCCUGGGCCAACCUGACUGUGAGAGAAACCGACGAGAUGCAGGACAGCGGAGAGUACAGAUGCUCCACUUCAAACGCAGUGGGAGGCGCUGAGAUCAACGUCACUCUGGUGGUCAAAAGAUACCCCAUGCCACCCAAUGCAACCCUGAUCAGAGCGACGUACAACAGCCGACAGCGUAACGAGGUGGAGCUGGAGUGGCAGGUCGACGGUACGGAGGAGACUGGAGGAUGGACUGGUUUCCAUGUGGAGCACCAGUGGGUGUCUGAGCGACCAAACAAGAGACGGAGCAGCCAUAUUUCACAGCUGCAGAUGGAGGAGAGGAUUGCCUCCCAAGACUGGUACCGUACCAUCAUCCAGGAUCCAGGCAGCAGGAGUCACACAGUUCGAGGACUGACUCCGACCAUUACCUACCAGUUCCGCAUAACACCCAUCAACCACCGCACCAUCGGACACCCGUCUCCAACAAAAACUCCAGCGGAACCACGCAACAGCAUGUACCCUGCUGUGAUCGGAGCAGCGAUAGGCGGGAUGCUCUUCGCAGCCAUUCUCACAGUCCUGCUGCUCAUGUACAUAAUCCGCAACCGCAACAACAAUCCCAGACUGCAUGACAUGCUGUUUGGCAUGCAGCACAGUCAGUCAAGAGAGAACAUUAAUUUUCCAGAGGAUGAAAUGGUCAGAGGGUCAGAUGGAGGGAUAGAGGACAUCGGGGGAUUAUCAACUGCAGGCAAGUCAACCUUGCCUCAAAAACGGUUUCUUCUUUUCUUCUGUUUUCAUCAUUAACAUAACAUUUUGAAAUUUUAAG